AUGUCUCAAUCUUCUAAUGUCUUACAAAUUCCAUUAAUUUGUGAGAUUAGUUCAUUUAGUGCGAAACCUAAAGAUUUUGGUUGGAGUAAAGAGUCGAGUGGAAAGAGUAAAUUGGCUGAUUUUAUUCGUUCCACAGUUUAUCAGGCGAAGAAUGUUCAAUCUCAACAUUUUCAACAGAAACAAACAGUGCCCAAUUCUAGUCAAUCAGAAACUAAUGGAAGAUUUAAAUAUUUAUCUGCAAGUCAAAAUAGUAAACCAAAUAGACAACAGGUGGAGAACUUUUCAAAUAAGAUUAUCAAGGUAAAUCCUUUCACUUCGGAUCAGACACCUAAUUUUGAUUCGAAUAUGGCUUCUCCAAAUUCAAUUCUCCAAAAGAAAUUAAUUCGAUAUCCAACUAUGGAAAUUAAAAAGACCAUCAUUGUAAGUAAUUAUUUCCAUGAGUUUAUUCUAAACUUUAUUCAGAGAAAUUUACAAGGAUUCAAAUUCUAUUUGAAAAAACAAAAGGAUACAACAGGAUUGGAUAUUUAUGAAUAUAAUGACAAAUCCUUUCCAAACUCUGGACAAGAAUCUUACUUUUUCAGUUAUCAAAUAUUACAAGUGUUGAAUCAUUUAUUGGAAAAUAAUCAAAAGGAAUUAUUUCAAUUGUGGAUUCAUGCUCAUGAUUUCUUCUCAUCUGAAACGGAAAUGAAGAGGGAAAAUUCAUCUGGAAAUUUAUCAUUAGCAGGUUCGUUUGCCUCAGUCUUUGAUAACUUAGAAGAAUCUCCCAAAUCUACUCCUCCACCUUCACCAACUAAUACUCCUCCUUCGGGUAGCUCUAAUUUUUCUAAUGGAAAUAACAAAAGAGAGACAAAUAAUAAUCACUAUUUAAACUCCAAAUAUAUUUCACCUGAUUAUUUGAGAAAUUUCCUCACCAAUGAUCCGUACGUUCAGACCUUUGUUCAUAAUGUGACCUUUCUCUCCAGUGACAUGUUUCCAUCAGUACUGCAUUCACACAGAGGGAAAACAUUUAAAAAACUAAUUGAGGAUGAGAGUAAUGAGUUGGAAACAUUCCUGAACUAUGUCGAACGACUUCACGAGAAUAUUACCAGCGUCUAUGAAAAGAAUCAUCUCUACAUGAGGUUGAGCAAGGUUUUAAACAAGCAGAACUUUGUCAAGGAUGUGAAUUUGAAAGAAUUUUUACAACAGAAUAGUACAGAUUUUGAAUUUUUGAGAUAUCCAGAUUUGGAUGCGAUCAAAAGCGUCAAGGUUUUGAAAUUUAUUGAUAUGCUCUCGGAAAAAUCUCUUGAAAUUAUUAGUCACGAUAUUAGAGGUACAGAUUUAGAACCUUUGGAAUUUAAAAUUGCAGACACCCUGUUAAAAUCAUCAUCUGCAAAAUAUCUGAAACAAAUAUUGGACGAAACUCAUGACUAUGAAUCAAAAAUUGUUUCUGAUCCAAAAUUUGACAGACUUUUCGAGGUUGUUCCCUCACUCUUCGAGCCAUUCAUGUUGCCAAUGAAAACUCUAAUGGCAAUUAUUGACCAAACCAUGAUCAUUUUCAAUCAUGGCAUUGAUGCAAAGGUUACUGGGACCUAUGUAUUGAAAAAUUCCACCUCCAUUACUAAUGACUUGAUGGAAUUGAAAAUGUUCAUCAAAAAGUCAGAGGCUGGUUCUGGUUUAUACUUUCACAAUGUGAGAUAUGUUGAUUAUUUGGCCUAUGUUUUCUCCAAGAAUCAUAACAGAUUAUUCGAAAUUCUUAAAAAGACAGUUUUAAACUUGUCUAAACAAUUUGAUUGGAACAGAGCAUCUUCUUGGAUUGAUUCAAUUAUGGAACGUUAUCAUGGAACAUUCUUCAUGGAUAUCAAGAAGAGAUUUGGAUUCAAGGAUAAUCAAUUCAGUACCUUCCUCUAUACUAUUAUAACAGUUAUGAAAGAGUCAAUGCUUACAAAGCAUCGUCAGGAGGAAGUCAAAUAUUUGCUGGAAUUGAUUCCAAAAGAAUUGCCAGAACAUGUCAAGAAUUUGCCAUUACGAUCUGUUGAAAAAUUAGACAAUCCAUUCGAUAAUAAGGUAAUUGUUUACAAACGUGGUAUUAUUCCUCCAGUUCCAAUAUUCAAUCCACUACUGAUUAGACCAGUUAAGAGCAAGGAACCAACAGCAAAGAGAAUUAUUGCUGGCAAGAUGGAGGUCUACUCGGCCAAUCAGCCCUACCUCAUUCAAUACAGAAACAAGACGAUGGAUAAUGAACUCAUCGAUAGAAAUGAAUUGUACUACUUGUUCCUGACAACGAGUAUCUUUAUCGAAAAGACUAACACAGACAGUUCAUUUAAGCUAAUUUCCACUGCUACCUCUACCAUAAAGAAGGAAGAGAACACCACAACAAAACAAGUGGAAAUACCUCUUCCACCUCCAAAUAUUAACCAACCAAUAGAUGUCAAACUCUUUAUCAAACCUACUCCACUAGAAAAGGCAAUCCCUCCACCACCUCCCCCUACUUUGUUUUCGAAAGCUAGUACUCCAAAAUCCAAAUCACCAAUUCCACUCUCAAAACCAAAGUCCAAUAAGAUGUCAUUACGAGUUGAGCUGGAGCAAAAAUUGAAGCUGUUUCGUGAGGAGGAUGACGAAGAAGAUCCUGGUCAACAAACGGAUAAUAUAGUUCUUGGAAUUAUUGAAAAAGCAGUUCCACUCUAUUCUACAUUUAUAAUGCACAAUUUACCAUUGAAACACUUGUUGAGUAUGGGAAAUGUGUAUAUGGCACUUUCAGAAAGUAUCAAACGGAGAUUCCCAACUUUUAAUAAGUGGCUUCCUGAUAAGGUCAUUGGCAGAAUUUGUCUCUUUACCACACCAACAAGUUUAUUCAUUCUGAGUUUGGUUUCGAAACAAUUUUUUGUUCAAUCCCAUUCAAUCACUUGGCAAAAGGAGAUUUACUCAAUUUCACCCUCAUUUGUUGGCUUCCCUGCUCUUGUUCACAUGAAAGUCAAGUGUUUAAUUCACAAGCAUAGACAGAAUAUUUUAACAUUGAGAGAUUGUUUGCAUAAUUCCCAAAAUAUGUAUCAACUUGCUGAUUUGAAAUAUCGGCUCAAAGGUAUUGGAUUUGAAGCAAUGAGUUCAAUAUUCGACAAUACGAAUGCUCUCAUCAAUCAAUUGACCUAUUUAUAUCAAGAAGAAAAGCAAUUUGCUCUCAUCAAGUAUUUCUACAGCUAUUACAAAUUAAUUGGAGCACUUCACUAUGAGGUUUCAAAGCUUUCUACCUACAAGUUGGAAAGAGAUAUCCUGAAAAAGAUUUGUGCUUCUCAUAUUGUGUUAAUUUGCCUUUCGAAGGAGACUCUUCCAAAUGUUUCGAACAUUCCAGAUCUUGGAAGUCAUCCAAUAGCUGUUACAAGAAAUAUGCUCAAAACUGUUUCGUUGAAAUAUCCUAAUGUUAAUAUUUGUAUGGUUCUUUCAUACUUUUACAAUAUCAAUGAAACUUAUUGUAGCAAAAUGUUUGAAUAUUGCAGAUUGUGGAAGAAUAUCAAUGAUACUAUUCUAAGAUAUAAGGAAAAUUUACUAGAGGUGGAAAAGAUAUUCCAGAAAGAAAAAACAUCAACGGAUGGAUUGAACAAAUUUACUGGAAAGGUCAAUGAUCUUUUAAACAAGACCAACAAGGUUGACAAGUCAAAGCUUGUGGAAUAUGAAAAUCAAAUCAUCAAAUAUCUUGUUAAAUGUGGAAAUUAUUAUAGAUAUUACCUUACUGUCUAUGAUAAGAGUGGUGGAAUGUCAUUGGACGAGGCUAUGUUUGUAGCCAUUCAACUCAACCAAUUUGAAGAGCUUAAAGAAUUAAUUUCCAAAGGAGCUAAUGUCAAUGCCCUCAGAAAAGGCAAAGACAUUGCUGCUGAAAGUCUCAGAACAAAGAAUCAAGAAAUGAUAGAUUAUUGCCACUUGACACGGAUUGACAAUAUUCAAAAAAGUAAUGAGAAAUUACCAGUUGACAUGAAUCUACUCCUCUACGCGAUCGAUAACAAGUAUUGGCCUGUAGUCGAAAUCAUUGCUAGGAAAAAUAAGGAGCUUUGCUUUGAGAGCUUUAGAGGACUGAGACCAAUUGAUUAUUGUAUUGUCAACUCUAAGUAUCCAGGUGUUGAACUAUUCAUCAAUGCAAUGAUUACGGAUGACAAGAAUUUCAAUGUGGAGGUUCUAUCAAAGGCUUGCUUUAUAGCAAUUGAUUAUGGCAUGACAAGUGCUUUGAAAUACCUUGUUCAAAAAGAACCAGAGCUUGCCACCAGAAGAACCAUUAGUGAUAUUAGAUAUCAAGAAUCUCACUAUUCGAAUCCUUCACUUAUUCUAUAUGCACUCAGAAAGAGAUCAACCAAAAGCGUUGUAACACUCAUUGAAAUGUUUCCAAAGUUAUUAAAUGCUCGAUUGAAUCAUGGAAAUGAAGCUGAGCAAGCUCCUGCCAAAUCGAACAGUAAUGGAAAAACAGGUCUCAGCCAAUUGAUCAAUAAUGGAACUCCUCUCACUUUUGCUGUAGAGACGAAUCAACAAGAAUUGGCUUUCAUCCUAGUUGAGAAGGGAGCUGAUGUGGAUGUUAAAAAGAAUGGAAUGGAUUUGGCCUCUGUUGCAGAAACAACUGAAAAUUCAGACAUGAUUAUUUGGGCACGAAAGCUCCUUAACAAAUCCGAAACCUAUCUCUGUUACAAGUUUGAAGUGGAAUAUAUAGAUAACAUGUUGAAUCUGUAUCGUAAGAGAUUCAAAAUGGUUGUCAAUUAUUCUGAGAGUGUUCAAGAUUUUGUGAAAAAAACCAAGCUCAGAUGUGGAAUUCGAGGUAGUUACGAAUUGCAAUACUAUGAUCCCGAUUUUGAGGAAUUUGUGGAUGUUGUGGACAUGAAGGAUUUACAAUUAUUGGAUGAUGAACUCAACCUGAUUAAAUUGAAGAGAGUCAAGAAUACUGUCGAUUCAAUUCUUCCACAAAGAGCAGGCAAUGGAAGAUAUGAACAAUAUUUGGGAAUGACUCUUGAUGAUCGAUACAAAAUUAUUCGAAUUAUUGGAGAGGGAGGAUUUGGUAUCAUUUUUGAAUGCCAAGUGUUGAAUACACCAGAGGAACCAAAUGUGGCAAUCAAAACCAUCGCUACAGGUAAAAAUUCAAUUCAGAAACCAACACAAGAUGCUGAAAAUGAAGCCAAUCUUGUCAAGCAAUUGGAUCACCAGAAUGUGGUAAAGAUUUAUGACACUUUCCAAGUCGAUACCGAGCAUUCUUCCAUGUUUUGCAUUGUCAUGGAACUGUAUAAGGGAGAUGUCAUGUCCAUCAUUAGUGAAUCCAUCAAAUCAGCCACAACUAUUCCACUGCCAAUUAUUUGGAAAAUCAUUUCUCAAACCACCCAAGCUCUUAACUAUGUGCAUUCCCAACAAGUCAUGCACCGAGACAUUAAACCUCAAAACAUCUUUAUCAGAAGAAGGGAUAUUGACUCGAAUUUGAUUGAGGUUGUUUUGGGAGAUUUUGGUAUUGCCAAAGAGAAUGCACACACUACCAAAAAUACCUAUGCUGGUUCUCUUUGCUACAUUUCACCAGAAUUACUAUUGAAUCAACCUUAUGGAUUUGCCACUGACAUGUAUUCACUUGGAGUGACAUUGUAUCAAUUAUUAACUUUGGAUACUUCUACUUCAAUUUGUUCCAAACUCAUUCACUCUGAAGAACAAUGGUAUGUUUCAUUUUCAAUAUUUCUAAUUAAUGGUCUGAUAAAUUAUUCGAAUUAUUACCUAUUCAGCUUCCAAGAAAUGACCAAAGCAAUCACAGAUCACUACAGCAAUACCCACAAUCAAGCAUUGUUAAACAAACUCCUCAAUAUCAUGACUCGUCUUCUCAAAUUCCUUCCUCAAGCUCGCCUAACUGCCCAACAACUCGUCCAAGAAGUAACUUGA